CCCUCACAAGCCGUUGUGAGUCAGAAUCUCACGGACAGCAUUUGCCGAUCUAUUCGUUAAUCCUGCUGCCUUCCAGCGCCUCCCUUGUCCCUGCGUCCAUUCGGGCCGGUGGGUAUUCUAUGUCGUCUUGCGCGCGAUGGAUGACCAUUGAUGAACCUGAAGGUUGAUCUGUCACUUGAUAACCGUCCCCCAUCCUUUCCUCCGGGACCAAGUCCCUCCACGCUAUAUCAUGGAUUCCGAAGAGGUUCCUCCUCCUCCUCCCCCAUACUCCGCGGUCGACCCCAUGAUCGCCCAAGCCAGCAAUAGGAACGCCGCCGCAAUUGUAGAAGUCAAUCGGGCCUUACUUCGCCUGCGGGGAGGUGAUGCAGCAUCCUUUGACCCGCCCGCGAGUCCUGCGUCCAGCAUCGCUGGCAGUGAGGGCACAGCGUCCUCCGCUGCGUUGCCCGCUCAUUUUACGUCUGCGGCCGCUUAUUUCGCUGAGAGAGCCCCUCCAACGCAAAACAUUGAACGACCGAUCGUGGAACACUGCAUCACCGUCUACCCACGGAGUCAGUCAAAGGACUUCCCGCGUCGCCCGCGGUGCUGGAAUACGCGGACGGAAGACAUCACCCAGCAGGACUGGGACAUGUUUUUGAGAUGUCUGUUUCCGCCGCACUUAGGACUUGCGUCUUCGUCUUCCGAAUUACCCCGCCAACUCAGAGCAGAGAUCCAGCGUGAUCGCAAGGAUCGACCGCAGGAAAGCGAUGCGGAUCGCAAGCGACGGAUUGCCGCGGUGAUUAUGGAAUGGAAUCAAUACUUCUUUGAACCGCGGUCAGCCCGUGUGAUGUAUAACUACGUGAUAGAUCCUCAGCGGGCGCCGCGAUCGUCUCUCUGUCCGAGAUGCUACCCCGCUGCAACAAGCCGCACUGGACAAGCUUCCUCGAAUGCUGGUCGAAGUCGUCAGCAGGAGCCAAACGCGCCACCAGCAGCCCCAGGUCAGGUUGCCGUCGCCACUCCGAAUGCUACACCUAGUGCUGGACCCUACGCUUUCCCGCCCUUCCCGCCUCCUCCCCCACCCGGUCCAUAUGGGGCUCCGUACCCUCCUCCCACAUUCUAUAACCCUCCAGGCGUCCCUCCUGUCCAGCCUCCUGUAUAUCCUUAUGCUCCUCCGCCUCCGCCACCCCCAGGACAAUAUCCACUCCCCAACACCUGGGGAUGGAAUGCUCCCCCAUAUGGCUAUGCUAUUCAGAAUCAAAGUCAAUCGAAAGGCGGACCGUUAGGUUGGAUAGCAUCCUUGGCCUCUCAGGCCCAGAGAUACGGUGAGCGCAUCACGGAACAAGCUGCGCAAUAUGGCGAUCACAUUAGUGCACAAGCCCAACACUACGGCCGACAGGUCGAAGAACAAGCACUAGCUCACAGCCGAUGGCUGGAGGAGCAAGCCGGCCUCUCAGGACGGAAAAUGGAAGGCGCGUUUACCGGAUUCGUUGGUCGCCCGCAAAACGAAUGGGGUGCGUCUGAACCCCCCAAGAUAGGAUACUAUAACACCCCCUACACGCAACCUGUGGUAGCCCCGACAGAGACGGCUACCGGGCUCAUCACGAAUCAACAGUCUGGUCCAACACCAUCAGAACGGACUCGACGGGCGUCCGUGAGCUCGGAAGCCUCUGAUACCUCUUUUUCAUCGAUCGAUACCUUUUCCACGACCUCCGAGCUCAGCGCAUCCGAUCUGGCUACCGUCCGUGCGCAGCUGUUGUCACUGGACGACUACCACGACCGAGCCCUGUACGAACAAGCCGUGGGUCUACGCCGUCAACUCGACCUCUUACAAGAAUCGCGGCGGCAGACCCGCCUUUCGGGCCGCAGCCACUGGCGCCACGGCUGGGGCCGCUGGGAGUCGCCACAGCAGCAACAGCGCAAACAAGCGGAGAAGCGCGCUGUCAAGGAAGAGACGCGGUCGACGCGCAAGGCGUUCCGGGAUGUCGUCCGGCGGGCGCGGGAGGAGCAGCGCGAGCAGCGACGGCUGAAACGCAACCGACGCCGCCAGGAGCAACGCGCGCGACAGACGCCGGAGACUGCCGCGGACCCGGCUCUGGAGCAGCGCAUGCAGAGUCUGGAGCUUGUGAAUCACCGCGAGAGCCAGUCAACGGUGCAGUCGUCUGCGUCAGUCUCCUCUCCCGUUCGGUCUGUGGCUGAGACGGAGGCCAGCGAAAUCAGCUCGGUCAGUACAUUGAGCACGAAGUCAUCCUGUAACGAAGAGAAAAAAGACGAGAAGAAGCUGAUGCAGAAAGGGAAGGGAGAAGGCAGUGAGAAGAAGCCUGCUUCUUCGGACAAAGGAUCUGAGAAGAUAGCCGAUGAGAAGGAAGCGGAGCAUGAGAAACGAGGUCCGUCCGGACGCAAAUAGUUUUCAGUGGUACGGAGGCGAAGGAGCAUAGUGUGUGUUGUGUUGUUUAGCGAGCGGGAUGGGAUAUGCAUAGCAAGGUGUCUGUCUGUCAGUCUAUCUAUUGUGAUGAAGUCGAGGCCAUUCAAAUGCGGAGUUUUUUUUUUUUCUUCUAUGUGGACAUGUUUUCAGCUAUACCUUCGUGGGUUAUAUGAAUUUUAGGGAUGUUCCCAUGGGGGAACAACAACCCACUGAACAAUGAUAACCUGAUUUUUUUUUUUUUGACCAA